CCCGCACAAAAAACAUCAGUCAUCGACAACUGUCAACGCAGGAACAGGUACAAUGGCUGAGCCGAUUGAUGUCCUUCUCUACGGGCUCGGAGCCAUCGGCUCCUUCUACGCCUUCAUCCUGCACCGCGCCGACCGCGUCCGGUUGACCGUUGUCGCGCGCUCGAAUUACGAUGCGGUUGUGAAGAAUGGCAUCCAAAUCACAAGCAUGAAUCACGGACAGCAUACUUUUCGUCCGGAUCGAGUAAUCCGCGACCCGGCCGAAGCAUCCAGCACAAACUUCGCCUUUGUCGUCUGCACACACAAGGCCGUCGACCCCGAAGGCGCAAUCGUCCCGCUGGACCCGGUCAUCAGCCAAGACACGACGAUCGUCGUGCUGCAGAAUGGAGUCGGCAAUGAGGAUCCCUUCAGAAAGAGGUUUCCGGAUCAGACGGUUGUUUCGGGGGUUGUCUGGGUCGGCGCCGCGCAACCCUCGCCCGGCGUAAUAACGCACACGACCUCCGAACGAACCCAACUCGGCCUCUUCCCCAACCCGCGCCUCGAAACAGCCCUCGAAGAAUCCCGGCUGCGCCAAUUCACAACGCUCUUCACCUCCGGCGGAACACACUACGACGUCGUCCCGAACAUCCAGCUCUGCCGGUGGGAAAAGGUCGUGUGGAACGUUGCCUGGAACGCCAUCACCGCCUUGACGGACCAGGACGUCGAGUCCUGGCUGUCUUCCUCCCCCGACGCCGUGCCGUAUACGAGAAAACUCAUGGGCGAGGUGAUUGUGGUGGGGCGCGCAUGUGGGGUUCCGCUCGACGAGGGGCUCGUUGAUGUGCUUAUGGAGCGUGUAAAGGGGCUUGGGAAGUUGAGGACGAGUAUGCAGGCGGAUCGCGAGGCGGGGAGGGGGAUGGAGGUCGAGGUUAUUCUGGGUGUGCCGGUGAAGAGGGGGAGGGAGUUGGGUGUUGCGACGCCGUGUUUGGAGGGGUUGUAUGUGCUGCUUACGGCGGUUAAUAAGAAGAUCCUCAAUCCGGAGAGGUAGAAAGAGGAUUUGACGCGGUGGUACGGUUGUCUGUAGAGGUAUAGAUGGACGAUACUAGUAUGACCGGACAGUUCGAGUCAAAACCAGAAGCAGCCUGAAGACCAUUUUACCACAGUCAACAACAGCUGAACAUAAGGAAGGUGCAAGUGGGGUUAGAGGGAGCAUACAUUCCGUCUCUAUAUAGGAAUCCAAGUCGUGGUAGGAAACGAGCAACCCAGCCUGACCAUUAGGGGUGUACCUUCCUUGUGUGAAACCUGCGAGGUCGAGGAAGGUGCGAUCCCAUGGCAAAUUUGGCUAAUCUGGAAAGAUACCCUGGGGUUCACAGUUGCUCUUUCCUCUGGCAGUAGUCCUGCUGUAAGAGGAAGGAGCAACCCUGUCUUAAGAGAUCCGUACCUUCCUAACUGGAUAGCCACGAAGAAAGAAAAGAGCGACUCUGGUAAUUCAUGUCGAAUAUGACGGUAGUCCGGGGUUCGCUCUUCUGCGGCGUGCAUCAUUAGGGCCCUUGAUUGCACGUAAAGGUUAAAGGAAAGGAGCGAACAAGCCAUGUCAGUACUCGGCAGUAUUUGAGAGAAGAAUAAUCAGACAAGGCUGCAAGCA